AUGGCUGCGUGUGCAAUUCGGCGUGGUCUCUGGUCAACAGUUAGCAAAUAUAACAAGAAACGUGUGCACAGAAUAUUAAGUGUGAUUGAAUAUAACAGUGGACUAGAACUAAAUAGACUACGCUUGCCAUGUUCGUCCUGUGGCUUGUUAAACUUCCAGCAGACGAGGUUUAUGUCGUCACGGAACAGGCCGGAAGGGAAGGUUUUGGAAGCGGUGGGAGUGUUUGAGGCACCCAAACACCACGGCAAAUACGAGACAGGCCAGCUUUUUCUUCACAGUGUAUUUGGCUACAGGGGCAUAGUGUUAUUUCCCUGGCAUGCCCGUCUCUACGACCGUGAUGUCACUCCCGUCUCUUCUGAAAGCAAACAGGAUCCACCUGGAUCGCACGGGUCUAAAGAAGUGAAAGGCAAAACACACACGUAUUACCAGGUCUUGAUCGACACCCGGGACUGUCCACAUAUAUCACAGCGGUCUCAAACAGAAGCGGUGACCUUUCUGGCGAGUCACGAUGACAGCAGGGCGCUCUAUGCCAUUCCAGGUCUGGACUAUGUCAGCCAUGAGGACAUCCUGCCAUACAACUCCACAGAGCAAGUCCCCAUUCAGCACGAGCUGUUUGAGCGGUUCCUCAUGUACAACCCCUCCAAAAAUCCCCCGUUCAGUGCACGUGACACCCUGCAGGCGUGGCAGGAGAAGAACCACCCCUGGCUGGAGCUCUCCGAUGUCCACCGGGAGACCACAGAGAGCAUCCGCGUCACCGUCAUUCCAUUCUACAUGGGCAUGAGGGAAGCUCAGAAUUCCCAUGUGUAUUGGUGGCGCUAUUGUAUUCGUCUGGAGAACAUGGGUGAUGAGGUGGUUCAGCUUAGGGAGCGACACUGGCGAAUCUUCAGCCUCUCGGGAACCCUGGAGACGGUCAGAGGGAGAGGAGUCGUGGGCAGAGAACCAGUGUUGUCGAAAGAGCAGCCAGCGUUCCAGUAUAGCAGCCAUGUUUCUUUGCAAGCGCCAAGCGGACACAUGUGGGGGACGUUCCGCAUCGAGAGGACUGACGGCUCCCACUUUGACGUUCGCAUUCCACCUUUCUCCCUGGAGAGCAACAAGGAGGACAAGGCGCCCCCUGCUGGCUACUCCUUCUGAUGCAACAACAAAAAACAUCAUCAACGACCCCAUAGCACCUCCUCACGUGACCUCCUGCUGUAGGCAGAUCCUUUGCACACAUCCACAGAAGCAGUAAUUCAGGUGCCAGAUAGUAGAUGCCUGGUGUGAGAAAAUGGUCUGCACACUGGGUAUAGUCAGUGGUCUCAAUGUCCUCAAUGGCAACGUUGUGAUCCACCUUAAUGAAACAUAAGUAUUUUGUGGAGCUUGCACCCACUGCAGACUACUUACUCUCGCCCUGCUUGUCAGCUGUAGGCAGGCAGAUCUUUGGGGUGCAAACCAAGCUACUUCCUCCUUUCCUCAUCUGUGGCCUCCAGCCUUGUGAGGCAAGCUCGACAUCAUAGAUUAUCAAGGUUUUUUUUAUUAAAUAAUCUGGCAAAAGCACACUUGAAAGGUCAUUCUCUCAUUUGCAGUCGUGAUGUUGAAUGGGGAAAGCACCCCUCUACCCCCCCAGAAGAACUCUUUGCAUUGGUUGACGGCGCAAUAACUUUAUUCUUUUCGCCACGAAGGUGGGGUAACAUUGAGGCAAGAGGCCAGAAGCCAUAGGAAAGGACAGGAGGUAGCAGUUUGGCUUGCAUAUUUUUAACUUUUCCUGUCGCUCCAGUGGAGAUGCAAUUGCAAUGCUGUCAGCGAUCACAGCGGUUUUGUUUUUCCUUGUGAUUUAAGUAAAGUUUCAAUGGUGACAUACCUCUCCAGUACUCUUAGCUAUGGCUUGUUUGCACCAUGCAUCCCCCCCCCCCCCUCUGAACAAGAAACAUGGUGGGAGUUACUGCUGGUGGUGAGGUGGCAGCAUACAUGAUGAUGUAUAGCUUAAGUUUUGUUGGUCAAGCACCUCGGUUCAGAUCCGGCCCUGUGGGCAAUACAAUAAUACAAAAUAAUCUGGAUCAUUCCUCUGUAUUAUUAUUAUUAUUUUUUUCAUUAAUUUAUAUUUUUCAGAAGACAAAUUGGUCCCGGAGGAUACUUUGGUAAAUUUGAUUAAUUUUAGUGGAACGUUUUGGAGACCGGCUAUGUUUUGGCCUUUCACCACCAUGUUAGAAUCAAGGGCUUGGUUUUGGGAGGGAAACCCCACCAGUGAUUUGGAUGGGGGUGUUACCAUGGCCCUCUGUGUAGUUGCGUUUUUUAAGAGGUAUGCCACUUUGUGAGGAAUGUUGGGUUUUUUAUCAGUAAACUCAAUUUGAAGAAAUUGACGCCUGCAAUUUACCUGCAAUGUACUGUAAAUAUGGUUGUUAACGCAUAAAAUAAACUUCAAUUUUGAAAAAAGAAA